AUGACAGGUGAUGUUCGGCCGUCCCUGCUAUUAAUUGUUUUUGCUUCAGCGUUCAUAACCAUGCUGAAUGGUGCUGUUUCUGAUCAGCCUUUUGCUAUGGAUGGGUUUGUCACUAUGAAAGUGGAAGUGGUAGCGAGUUCUGCUUCGAAACCUGAUGCGACGAAGCUGAGUAAUCUAAUGAUUUCCGGUAAUAUAAAUUCAAGUUACCCCCUCAAGGUUAGUUGGUUAACUCUGGGUGGUGGUGCUGUGGACGUGUACACAGAAUCUGGAUACGCAGUUGUUGGCGUGGAUGGACACUGUAAAGUGAAUAAACAUCCUGGGAACAACAGCGAAGUUAUCUUGUGGGAUUCUCUUCGUGCCAUACUUGCUGCUAACAAUUAUACAGUUAAUCAGACCGACUUAUUGGAUCGUGGGUUAGACUUAGUAUCGUAUUCGCUUCCGCUCAAUCUUAAGAUUCCCUCUGAGUAUGGUGGCAGCGGAUCCGUGGAGACGUAUUCUGUCGAGUACUAUGUGCUGAACACGUGGACCGUGAACCAUGACGAGGUCGAUGAGUUCCCUGUGAAGCUUUUGUUGAAGUCCGCAAAGGGAGAACAAAUUUUGUUUACGUUUUUUGAUUUCAGCAAGGACACCUUGAAUAUGUCCUCGUUCGAGUUCCCGGAAAGUUGCACGAAACUGAAUGACAAGGCGGGGAACCACAGUGCUGGGGAAGACGACGGCAAUAACCAAUUGGACGGUAAAUUUAUGCCGCGACUCCCCCCGGAGUUCAGUGCCUACAUCCAAGUCAUUGCGCCUGAGGAAAAGAGGACGUGGACGGUCAGCGAGCAAUUUAGCGAGAGCAAAAAAUUUUCACGAUCAACUGUGGUAACCAGUGUCCCCAAUUCUGGUGGGCAGGUGGCAGUGUAUGAUUGGUACACCUUGGGAAAGUACCAGAUCUCAUAUUUUCGCGAACAAAGGAAGGUGGGCUCGACUUUGAAGUCGCCGUUAUCCAAAGAUCUCCGGGAUUACCUUUUUAAGGACUUUGAUGUCUGCAGAAAAGCUCAUCUGGGCAUCAACGUAACAGCGAGAACGUCAAGUGCGCUCAUGCUAAACUCUGUUGAUGCAGUACCUGUCUACAUCGGUACCCAAAAAGUGCGUGGGAUUAAUUGCAAGGUGUGGGCGGCUACUGUGUCCGGUAUUCGUGUGAGGUGGUAUUGGACGGAAAAGCAGGUGAACGCAUUCGAGAAUACAACAGAGGGUGGUCACCACUUGUUACUGCGAAUGAUUGUGGAAGGUAUCGGAACAUCCCCAUAUUUUGCUCACCACCCCUUCGUUGCGCAGGAAAAUUUGUUGCCGUCUCAGUACCACAAACGGGCGUGCGCAUGGCUCAACCCUGUGGAUCCCACCUGUCGGGGAGGGCACCGUCGUUUCAAGUACAUUUACGACGUUUUUUCUUUUGUUGAUUUUUUGGAUAGGGAAGCAGAGCUUCCUGACUCCUGCAUGUCUUUCAGAGCCCCUUCUGUGUCUUUGCCAAGCGGAUUGAAUGAUACUCUGUCGAGCACCAGAGUGCUCGUGUUUCUCUUUCUCUUCUCCAUUACCUCUGCCACAAUGGGUGGCUUUGUUACGUGGUGCUUUAUGUCUUCAAGAAUCCGUCGGUUGAAGGUCGACUUCAUCAAUGCCGGAAGAAAUAUUGUGGCGCGUCAGUCGUAA